AAGAAAUAGGAAGUUACGUCGGUGUACUUCCCUGUUUGCAACCUGAAGCAGUUGCUGCAAUGGCACCGCUGGACCUGGAUAAAUAUGUCGAGAUUGCAAGACAGUGCAAAUACCUGCCAGAAAACGACUUAAAGAGAUUAUGCGACUAUGUGUGCGAUCUACUCCUUGAAGAGUCAAAUGUACAGCCAGUGUCCACGCCAGUCACCGUAUGUGGGGACAUACACGGACAGUUUUAUGACCUUUGUGAACUGUUCAGAACUGGGGGACAAGUUCCUGACACAAACUACAUUUUUAUGGGCGACUUUGUCGAUCGAGGGUAUUACAGUUUGGAGACCUUCACAUACUUACUGGCGUUAAAAGCCAAGUGGCCCGACCGCAUCACGCUUCUGCGAGGGAACCACGAGAGUCGGCAGAUCACACAAGUGUACGGCUUUUACGAUGAGUGCCAGACAAAAUACGGAAAUGCGAAUGCCUGGCGAUACUGCACUAAAGUGUUCGACAUGCUGACGGUGGCAGCCCUAUUGGAUGAGCAGAUACUGUGUGUACAUGGUGGGCUCUCACCCGACAUCAAGACUCUGGACCAGAUCCGGACCAUCGAGCGCAACCAGGAGAUCCCACACAAGGGGGCGUUCUGUGACCUAGUCUGGUCAGACCCGGAGGACGUUGACACUUGGGCAAUCAGCCCCAGGGGUGCUGGCUGGCUGUUUGGGGCCAAGGUCACCAACGAGUUUGUCCACAUCAACAACCUGAAGCUGAUCUGCCGGGCGCACCAGCUGGUCCACGAGGGCUACAAGUUCAUGUUUGACGAGAAGCUGGUGACCGUGUGGUCGGCCCCCAACUACUGCUACCGCUGCGGGAACAUUGCCUCUAUCAUGGUGUUCAAGGACGCCAACACGAGGGAGCCCAAACUGUUCCGCGCCGUGCCGGACUCUGAGAGGGUCAUCCCCCCGAGGACGACCACGCCCUACUUCCUCUAAGCCCAGAGCUGUAGUCCCUCCCCCUACCCGCCCAUACUGCGCCUCACUUUCCUUUUUUUUCUUCUUCUGUGUCUAAAAGGAUAUGUAUGUCUCACCAUCUUGCUUUGACUUUCAAAUACCUGAUGUACAAUCUCCGUCUCCAGGCUUCACAUCGAAUGUUAGUUCUCUUUUGUCCUUUUAUCCCCUGUUUCACCCUUCCCCCGUUUUUAAAAUAUUUAUUUAUUGCUGUAAGCCAAAACCCCAGCAUGUAAGGGUAUCCUAACAGUUGUAUGAUUAUUGUUGCUCUUGAUGUUGUUACUGUUCUGUUCACUGCACUGUAUUUUUUUAUGUUAAGCUCCAAGCACACAUGUUCAUGCAUUUGGUACAUGAGUUUAACCUGCUUGCAGUUCCCUGCCAUACUGUACCAUAAUUUGAUUUAGUUUGAUUGACAUUUUCUGGCAUUUGAGUGCUGCAUAUACUUUGGGAGUACAUAAAUGAGGGUUAAACAUCACAACUUUUAGGUGUCUUCUUCAUCUUUAAGAAGCAUAAGUGUGUUGAUGUAGAGAUAGAUUAGAUAACUAUUAUUGGGGGGGUGAUUAGGGAACUGUACUUGUAAUCAAAGGAUUAUAGGUUCCAAUCCAGUGUGGGGCACUGCUGUUUGAAUUGAAUGGUUGUACCUUUGAGUUGCUCCUGUAAAUAUCCACCUGUGUAAGUGGAUCAUGUGUAUGAAUGUAAGCACUGCAAGUCGUCUUGGAUAAGGGUGUUGGCUAAGCCGUUACAUUAUGUAAUGUAGUAAAAUUUAGAGUACAGCAUCUCAAAUGUUAUGUACUUAUCUAAAAAUCUAAAAUGCCACGUAGGUGUAUAUAUACAUAUAUAUAUAGUUAUAUAUUGCAAUGUGAAUACACUGAGUAGUUGUUGAGAGCAGGAAUGUUUAAGACAGGGGAAACAAACAUAAUUCAGUGUUUUGUGAAAACUAGUCCUGUUUCCUAGAAGAUAACCAUUUCGCUGUCAAAGACCACAGACAAUCCUAAGGAGCUGCUGAUUUUUAAAAGGGACGUGUGAGAAUGGAAUCGGCUGGGCUAUAGGACUGUACGGGCUGUGGUCAAUUUAUGCUUUUGAAUUAUUAGUUUUUUAAUGUUAUUUGUCAGAUUUACGUUUUACUGAAAUAGAGACUGCAACCCAUAUACUGCUUAAACUUUGAAAAUAAAACACCUUUAUUCA